AUGGCAAAGGGAGAAAAACAUUUGAAAGAACGUUUAGAGGAAUACAUGGCUAGAUUUCCGAAAGUGAGGAUUAUGCGCACUAGGAAGAGGGAAGGCCUGAUCCGAACCAGGUUGCUAGGAGCUUCAGUGGCCAAAGGUGAAGUUUUGACCUUCCUGGACUCUCACUGUGAGGCCAAUGUGAACUGGUUGCCACCAUUACUUGACCAGAUUGCCCAGGACCAUAGGACCAUUGUGUGCCCAAUGAUCGAUGUCAUUGACCACAAUCAUUUCGGCUAUGAGAUGCAAGCUGGAGAUGCCAUGAGGGGAGCCUUCGACUGGGAGAUGUACUACAAACGUAUUCCAAUCCCACCUGAGCUCCAGAGGGCUGAUCCCAGUGACCCGUUUGAAUCUCCUGUCAUGGCAGGUGGCUUGUUUGCUGUUGAUCAGCGGUGGUUCUGGGAAUUGGGUGGCUAUGAUUCAGGACUGGAAAUCUGGGGAGGCGAACAGUAUGAGAUAUCAUUCAAGGUAUGGAUGUGUGGAGGUCACAUGUAUGAUGCUCCUUGUUCCAGGGUGGGACACAUUUACAGAAAGUAUGUCCCUUACAAAGUUCCCUCUGGAACCAGUUUGGCAAGGAAUUUGAAGCGAGUGGCAGAGACCUGGAUGGACGAAUAUGCAGAAUACAUCUACCAGCGGAGACCCGAGUACCGGCACCUCUCCACUGGAGACCUCACCGCCCAGAAAAUGUUACGGAAGCACCUGAAAUGCAAGGACUUCAAGUGGUUCAUGACAGAAGUGGCCUGGGACCUGCCCAAGUACUACCCUCCUGUGGAACCCUCGCCCGCCGCCUGGGGAGAAAUCCGCAAUGUUGCUACGAACCGGUGUGUGGACAGUAAACAUGGAGCUACAGGAGCAGAAUUGAGGCUGGACGUCUGCAUUAAGGAUGGCUCGGAACGCACAUGGUCACAUGAGCAGAUAUUUACAUUUGGUUGGCGAGAGGACAUUCGGCCUGGAGAACCACUUCAUACCAGGAAAUUCUGCUUUGAUGCGAUUUCCCACAGCAGCUUUGUCACACUGUAUGACUGCCAUGGUAUGAAAGGGAAUCAGUAUUGGCGCUAUCGAAAGGACAAGACCUUGUAUCACCCAGUGAGCAACAGCUGCAUGGACUGCAAUCUCGCUGAUAAGAAGAUUUUCAUGAGCAAAUGCAAUCCCUCAGUGCACACCCAGCAGUGGAUUUUCCAACAUGUCAACUUGACUGUUCUAGACAAAUUCAACAGUAAUUCCAGCUCUUAGAAACAUCUUUGCCACAGUGAAGAAUGUGCAUAUCUGGCAAGUUGGUCCUUUGGCAGAACUAUUGGUAGCUGGGUCAAUUCAUUCAGGUGUUGAGUUUUGUAGC